UCCGUAAACAUCCUAAACGUCACUUCCUGUUACAGUCAGCUGCAAAACAUAGGUAGAAGGUCUUCAGUAAUAUUUCGUGCAGUGGGUUAUUUUUAUUUUAGAACUCGUGCUCGUCCUCCAUUUUGUUUCUGUUAUAGACACGUUCAAAAUAUUACCUGUGACUUCAGUUAUGAAGGGCCCCAGCGUAGAGAGCGGCGAGAUGGAGGUAAUGGACGAGAGCACUACAUCACCCACUGAUCCGAACAGCGACGACCUCCCACCGUACCUGCGUGAAGAUCCACCAGAAGAUUUGGACAAGGACCAUCCAAAGAGCGAAGGGGGCGUGGUCUGGAGAAUGACAGGCGGCCUCUUUAACCUGACCAAAGGAGCAGUGGGCGCCACUCUUGGAGGAGUGGCCUGGGUGGGGAGCAAAAGCUUCGAGCUGACCAAAACGGCCGUGACAAGUGUCCCAGCAGCCGGGGUGGGAUUGGUCAAGGGCAGCGUCUCCGUGGUAACAGGUGGAGUCGGGGCAGUUGGGUCAGCCGUGGCCAGUAAAGUCACGACGAAGAAGAAGGACAAAUCAGAUUAGCAUGGCUGACGGCUUGGUGCACGUUUACUUCCUUCGACAUUUCCGUUACUGUCUGAGCAGGUGUACGGUCACUCUGUUGGGUUUAAGCAUUACCAAACAGUACAUGAUGCUGAUCGAGAUCAAAUUUCUGGCUGAAGUUGCCCUCUUGUGCCUGACGUUACAAACAUCAUUAGCACUACAAAUGGCACAAAGGGCAACUUCUGCAUUUACUGCUGGUGUGCGUUUGAUGAAUGGGCUCUCCUACUGUUUGUUUGUCUAAUAGUUUCUUUUUGCUUUGCUAAUAUUAUAGUUGAGGGAAAGGACCGCUCUAUUUACAUGACAUUGGGGGAAAAAAAUCACAGAUCCAUCAUGAAUUACACAUCCAAUCCUUACAAAAAAAAAAAAAAAUCAAAUGUGGAUAUAUGGCGUAUUUGUACAUUAGGACCAACCAGUGUGAAAUCGAAGUUAAGUAUUACUGCAUUUAUGUCUUAUCAUUUUCCUAAUGUCUCUUCAUGAGCUGGGUCAGGAAACUAAAACAAAACAUAUGCACAUCCCAAUCCUGGAAAGCACUCGUUUAAUCAGAGGCUGUGUAUAAAUCCUGCAGUUGAUCAUUUUCAUGAACAAAAAAAGCCCUAUCCAUUCCAAACGCAGCACACUUACUGUCUUGAAACUUCGUGUCUUUGACUGAAUGAAGGAAUGUUGUGACACUAACGUUUCCUAAUAAUGCUGAGCCACAUGAGACAUAUGCUAUAUGAUUUUUAGAAAUUGGGAUAUUUUUCUUUCAGGUUAGCAAUGAAUGAAUAAGGAGACGCAGAAUGUCAUUUCUAUGCUUUUCAUCAGGCAUGGACACUACUAUUAUUCUUCACACUGCAUAUGGGGGGAAAAAAAAAGAGAGAAAGACACACUCCCAUACAACACCAACAUUUCUAUACUGUGAUAUUUGGCUACCCCUUCAUUUUGAUUGUUGAUAUCAUAUUACCUGUACCUGUCUCACUGGGCAGCACCUAUAUAGGCUUAGUAAGCUGACUAGCAUGGCUAGCUAGCUGAUUUAAAAAAAAAAAAAAAACUACUUAGUGAGGACCUUACAUAUGAUAUUUUCCUGUUGAAAGUAGAUGUAUGUAAAGGCGAUAUAAUUUUAUGACCCACAAAUCUUUAAUUAGAUUAGUAAAUCUGCAAGUGUGUCACAGAUACAAUCCUUUCAUUAUAAUUACAAAUCCAAAUUUACGCCUUUACAGUUUUGUGUUUACGAUCAGGAAUCACAACGGUACGUUUACGCAUUACCUUCUACACGUCCAAACGACUUGAUUACAAGAGUUUUAACUGAAACGGUUUACUAUUGUUACAUCACACUGUUGGUACGAACUUUUUUACUAGGGAUACUAAUUAGCUCGGACGGAUACAAAAUGCAAAAUAAGGAAUAUGAAGGAAUGUAAAACAGAGCAUAAUAGAGUGCAGUGUCCUAUAACGCUAACGCUAGCAAACGCAAAGUCACCUUGUACUUAAACACUCCAUCGAGCAAAAAUGAAGACGCUUUUCAGACUCAAAUAAUGUCUUUAUGUGCAACGGGGUAGCUCCACAGCUCAUAGCCGAAAUGUUUCCCAAAGACUUUCUGCCUUUUGGUUUCAUCGCCAGAGACAUUAUGAAGAAAGGAUAAAGAUUACGGCUGCAUAAAGUCGCCUGUGCCAGGGAUUCAAGUACUCUUUUAUUUUUAAUAGUCUGUAUUAAUGCAUGUUAGUUGGCACAUUUUAGUCUAGGUUACUCGGCCUCCAGUAAAGAGCUAUCACUUGUCUGGUGGGCUAGUUAAUGAAUUUAUGAUUUGUCCACCCCUGUACUAUGAGUCUUAUGAGCCAUCAACUGAGAGCUAUCGAAACUGCAUGCAAAAUUGUUUUCUGUACCGUGAGACGUAGCUCAGUGGUUGAGGCACUGUGCUACUGAUGGCCCUUAACCCUCAAGUGCUUAGUUAUAUCCUGUCUCAAAAGUGUCAGCCAAAUGAGGUCAAUGCAAACGUGAGAAAAAUUCAUCGUAAAUGUGGAACGAGAACCUGAAAUUUCUGUUACAAGUCAACCUGCAGAUUUACAAGUUUGACUAUCGAUUUGUAAUUCAUAAAAUUGCCAUUACAUAUUCACAUGCAAUUACUUCUGACAGGAAAUUAGCUCUGUAUCAUGUUGCUUUACAUAAUGACUACAUUUAAGCAAGAGAAUAAUUUCUGGCAAUCUGCAUACAUAUAUCUCUACCUACUGACAGAAUAUCAUGUUACGUUUUAUUGCUGUUUAUCGGCAAAAUUGUCCUGGAACGUUUACAGGAGACCAAGAGACCACAUUUACUCUGCAUCUAAUCUGAAUGGUGUUAAAUUCUGGAGAGAAGUUUGGUUUGGGUUUCUUAGUUAGGCUCUAAGUAAUUGUCCUGUCUGCAGUGCACAUCAACCAGAUUUGCGUCAUAAUUCAUAAAGCUGUGACAGAAAUCAGGUAGACCAUGUGGAAUGAGAUGUAGUUACAGUAUAUGGAAAUUUACCUGCUAUUAUGGUUAGGAGAGUUGGGCCACAAAUCCAGCACCAAUAUAUUUUUCUGUAUUUUCUCCCAUCCACUGUAGUUUAAACAGAUCUCCUACACAGUGUGCUUUCAGUUUCUCCUCCUUUCUGUCUCUUCAUACUCUGAUUUAUCUGUGUGCUUUUUUUCAUGUGCACAAUUCCUAGCUUCUCAUGACGUGUUGCAUGCUCCUCCCCGCUGUAUGCUGUUCAACUCUCUUAUCAUCUGUAUCCAUCUCCAUGAUUUUGGUGAGUGAGCUGUUAUGUUGGAGGCUCUGUUACUCUAAACUGAACUUUAGAAAAGUAGAUUUUUUUGUCUAUUAUAGAACUAUUUUUGCUAAAUUGAUGCUGUAUUCUACAAUUAAAGCAAUUCUGUAUUUUA